AUGCAAGGCCGUGGCUUCUGGUGCUGCAGCGUAAACGGCACAAACUGCUGCGAUGACGCCGUACGUCUGGACAUGGGCCAAAUGAUCAACGUAUCCGUGACCUCAAUCACAUCCGAGGUAUCCUCUUCAUCAGGCUCGACCGAAUCCUCGCUCUCCUCAUCCGUGUCCUCCAAUUCUCCUUCUCCAAAAGCUUCCCCGUCAUCUUCAUCGACCAACGCCACAGAUACCCAACCCGAUACCGACAAGUCGCUGUGCAACACCGGCUCGGGCGAUAGCUCUACCUGCCCAGCAUCGAACACGACAGCGAUCAGCGCUGGACUGGGCGCUGGACUGGGCGGGUGUCUUCUCAUAGCAAUGAUUACGAUGCUUGUGCAGCGACGGAUCUAUAAGAAGAAUCUGCGGCAAAAGGAGGCGAUGAUUGAUGAGAUUGCGGCUGCGAGCUCGACGCAGCAUUUGGUUUAUCCUGUUUAUCCGCAGCGGGAGAAGAUGAUGUUUCCGGCCGAGUUGGGGCCGCGAGAUACGCGGAUUCAUGAGGUUGAGGGGAAUCGAGUCAAUGAGAAAUGA